GCGCGACGCGCUCGCUGCUGGCCGGCCGCACACCACCACCACUCUGCGUCAAGCCGCCUGCCCCGAGAGAGAGACGACGGCGGUUAGGCCUAGCGCGCGUGAACAAUAAACACCUUCGGUGGACGUGCCCCGGAACGCGCGACCACAGACACCGCUCGGCACCGCACGAAUCGCCGCAGACGGGGCAGCCGCUUCGCCGACGGGCCUUGGUGCGACGCCGACCGUUUCCCGUGCCGAGACAGCGCUGCGAACAAUGGUUCAUUGGGAGAACGUCCGCUUCCCCGUGCCGGUGGGUCGCGGGGACCUCCUGAGUGGCGGCGGAGCUCUGCAGCCGCAGCAGAUGGGCUCGGCCGCCGGCGUGGCAGACAAGACGCUGGGCAUGACCUCGGCCAUCAGCACUGCCCCGCCCAAGCCCAGUGACCUGCAGCGCACCCAGGAGCUCGAGGAGACCCUGCGCCAGUUCGGCCUGUUCGAGUCGGAGGAUGAGCUCGCACACAGGAUGGAUGUGCUGUCGAAGAUCAACCAGCUUGUCAAGAAGUGGAUCUAUGAAGUCAGUGUAAAAAAGAACAUGCCGCCGAGUGUGGCCGAGAACGUGGGAGGGAAGAUCUACACAUUUGGGUCGUACCGGCUUGGAGUCCACACGAAGGGGGCUGAUAUCGAUACCCUAUGUGUUGCACCACGGCACAUUGAGCGUAGCGACUUCUUCACCUCGUUUGUGGAGCUGCUCAGGCAACAGGAGGAGGUCAAGGACCUCAGGGCUGUUGAAGAGGCUUUUGUACCUGUCAUCAAAAUGACAUUUGAUGGAAUUGAGCUGGACAUGCUGUUUGCACGGCUGGCCCUGAAGGACAUUCCGGAAGACCAGGAUCUGCGGGACGUCAACAUCCUCAAGAACUUGGACCAGAAGUGUGUGCGCAGCCUCAACGGCUGCCGUGUGACGGACGAGAUCCUGCACCUGGUGCCGAACCGGGAGACCUUUCGGCUGUCGCUGCGCGCCAUCAAGCUGUGGGCCAAGCGUCACGGCGUGUACUCCAACGUGCUGGGCUACCUGGGGGGCGUGUCGUGGGCCAUGCUGGUGGCGCGCACCUGCCAGCUGUACCCGAAUGCGGCCGCGGCCACCCUUGUGCACAAGUUCUUCCUGGUCUUCUCCCAGUGGCCCUGGCCCAAGCCCGUGCUGCUCAAGCAGCCCGAGGAGAGCCGGCUGGGCUUCCCCGUGUGGGACCCGCGGGUGAACGUCGCCGACCGCUUCCACCUGAUGCCCAUCAUCACGCCCGCCUACCCACAGCAGAACUCCACCUUCAACGUGUCCGUCUCCACCCUGACCAUCAUGCGGCAAGAGUUCAAGCAAGGGCUGGCCAUCACGGACGACAUCAUGCUCCGCCGCAGUGAUUGGAUGAAGCUGUUCGAACCGCCCAACUUCUUUGGCAAGUACAAGCACUUCAUCGUGCUGAUGGCCAGCACCCAGUCCAAGGAACACCACCUGGAGUGGUACGGCCUGGUCGAGUCCAAGAUCCGCAUCCUCAUCUCCAACCUGGAACGUCACCCAUACAUCGCCCUCGCACACGUCAACCCGGAGUCGUUCCCACCCUGCGAGCCAGAGGGGGACAAGCUACAGUCUAUGUGGUUCAUUGGCCUGCAAUUCAACAAGACGGAGCACGUCAACAUUGAUCUCACCUACGACACACGGUCAUUCGUCGACACUGUAAAGAGGCAAGCAACAGCAAUCAACAUUUUCAAACAGGACAUGGAAGUGGACAUCAAAUACGUCAGGCGGAGAGAGCUUGUGAAGUACCUACCUCAGUCUGUGCUCAAUCGGUCCAAAAAGAAAGGAAACAAAACGAAUGCGACGCCAAACUCCACACCUCAGCACAGCCCUGGCUCAACCUCGCAGACGGGAAAGAAGACUCUGUCUUCGAGCCGUUCAGACUCUGCCCUCCUUGGCUUGGUGGCUGAUGGGAUCGGUGGCACUGCCAAUGAUGUUGCGCUGAUCAGUGACGACUCCUGCUCUAGCCUCAGUGUGACUGCCAGCAGCAACCCAGCCUCCAUUGCUCAGCACAAGCGCAAACUUGACCCCGAGUCUGGCGUGGAUGUGGCAGUGUCAGGUGGGGGUGGUGGUGGUGGUGGCGGCGGCACUGGAGUGACUGCAGGCAGCCACCCUUACCACAACCAGAAUGCCAACAGCUGCAGUGGGGGCUCUGGCGGGGAAGAGGCCAGUGAGGAGGACGGGGGCAGCAAGCGCUGCCGCUCGGACGAGGUCAACAGUGCUGCCUUCAUGGAUGCCAUCGGACUGGGCAAGAACGCUGGCUCAGACCUGCCCUUUCUCGAGCGCACCGCUGCCGACAGCCAGCUGCAGAUGGACGAUUCGCCGUCACCUCUGAACACCAGUGGUGGCACGAAGCGGCAGUGCGAUGAUAACUCUGAAGCUGAUGGUGAAGUGGUCAAGCGGUCCAAGCCUGACAGCAGUGAGACAAUGGAGGAAGACGACGACACCGUGUCCUCGUCGUCGCAACGCAACCACGUGGUGCCCGAACGUGAGCCUCCCACGAGUGAGGGGUCGGCGGCAAGUGGGCCUGAGUCUGUGAUUGCCUUGCAGCGUGACACUCUGAGGCCCUCCUCUGCCGUGACCUCGUCAACUGCCGUCGAAGAGAAGGCACGCAUCUCAGACGGCAUUGACAGCACUGCGAGGUCUCCGCUCCAUGCGACGGCGCUCGAGACCUCGGUGUGAAGCAGCCUUUUGUUCCACUGCCGCAGGUAACAAAAGAGAGGGGAAAACACUCGGGACAAAGAGACGCAGAGUGAAAAACAAAAAUCUUGAGCAGCAGGAGCAGAGGAUCCAGGAAAUCCGUCACCACUGCUUGGCUUUGACCAUGCUCUGUUCUUUGGUGUCCUCUGCAGUUUAGUGCACAUGUCCCUAUCGCUUCCACCUUCAUCCGUGAACCCUCCUCCGUCCUGCAUCCGUCAUUGACACUUUCCUGUCCCCUCACACCCCCCCUUACCGUGCAUCUUUAACUCCGUCGUCCUCUCAUAAUUUUUUUUUUUUUUUAAGUAAUCGCUGUCAUUCGAAAGCCAAGCAGUUAUUGCAAAGGAUUGCUUUCAUCACCUCCUCCUUGCCGAUUCUGCUCUCUGAAACGUCGCCGGAAUCAAUGUCAUCGUUCGAUGGGACUUGACGUGCGACUUAUGCACCACUGGACGCAAGCAUGACCAGUUCUGUUAUGUGAGGAGGGACUGGGGCUGUGUUUCUGGUCUUGAUUUUACCGCGAUUUCGGUGUUGACCACAAACGUACGGAAAGUGGUUGUCUGCUGGGCAGAGCACUACGCUAAGUUGGUGUUAACGUUUAUUUUUUGACAGGCAGGGUCAGCCAUUUUGUUUUUAAUUAUUAUUACUACUGUUACCUUUGGCCACUUCACAGUGUGUUGCACUACUGCAGGGCUGAAUACUGCUCAGUUGCAGCUCAGUUUUAGUCUAAGCUUUAAUUACGCACUCGCAAGGAGUAGUCCUGUCUUUGGAGCUGCAGCAGUGGCACAGGCUCGUCGCAGACGAAGGUCCACACCCUUAGACGCUGCUCAUCUAAGCUCCUGAUGUAUGCAGCAGCCGGCUGAUGGUUGAAACCCACAGCCGAUCCAAGCCGGUCCGGUCCGCCACUGACUUACCGUAAACUGCUGAUGUUGCCCGUUGGCAACACAGACACACCAUUAGACGGCUGGAACCGUAAAGCAAGCUGCCCUUCAGUCAGGCCUGCAUAUCAGACGUUCAGUGUAAACACAAUAUUUGUAUUUUGCAAUUUUUUUUACCUUCUUUUUUCCUCUCUCUCUCUCUCUGCUUUCAUCUGAGUGCCCUUUCUUUUUCAUCUUGUGUUAUGUGUUACCAAAAGAGGACACAGCUUGCUUUUUAUUUAUCUUUUUCUUAAGAACCUCUAAUUUGAUUAAACUGUUUCAUUUUCACCUUCUCAUUCCCUGUUGGUGCUUGACUGCUGUUUCUUAAGAGUAACACUAAGGACAUCUUCACAGAUGGCCACACCUCGUGUGUCGAUGAGGAUGCCAGUGAUGCUUAUUCUUGGUUGCAUCCUGUUGAGGGGUGGCUGCCCACAUGAGUCUCCUUGACAAGGAAGCCACAAUGAAGCCGGUUUUUCUCGAGGCGGCCAUGAAUUGCCAGGUGCACUCUGGUGGCUACAAGUCGAACCUAAGCCUUGCAACUGUCAAUAUCUUUGGCCUCGUGAAGAACAUUUCUUUGUGGCUUCUGCGGUGCGCAAGACAUUUGUGAGCAGCUGCAAGUGUGUGAAAGUCUUGCUGUCAAAUGUCAGGAAAGUUCUAGUGGAAGUAAAUUGGGCACCGGCCAGUGUCCCUCAAGGUUUGUGUUAGUUUCGAGAUCUGUUGCCUGAGAAGUGUUUGUUGCAUUUGUUUGCUUUGCGCAUUGUACAGGAAUGUGACGGACUUGUACCUUCUGUAUGUAUGCGCUUGCAUGAGUGAGUUUUCGUCAGAGCAUUACUGAGUUCACAAUGCAUAUUUUUCUAAAGCCAAGUCAUAGGAAAGUUCAGUGUUGCAGGAAGCUGCUGCGACUUCUUUUUUGCCAUCUCAUCUCUUUUUAUGAUUCUUAUCAUGUUUUUGUCACAAGUUCAUUUCAUUUUUCUCUCUCCCUUUCAAACAUUGCCUGUUUAAUUGUUGUUAUACAUAUUGUGUGUGUCAGUGUAACUACAUGGACACUUAGGGAACCCGUGGUUGCCAAGUCUUCUAGUUGCACUGCUGAAGAAACUCUUCUAUUGAUAGAGUUUGUUGCAGUGGUACCUAGGGGGAAAUCUGGUGCUGCUGUCUGUACAAGUUUCCUAAUGAGAGUUGUGCCUUCAUGGGAACGCCGGCAUGUGGGUGGUUCAGAUUGUCUUGAGCCUGGCUUGGCCUUAAACACGGUUGCUGCCGCACAGGUAAAUUUUUCGUGGAAUUGAGUGUUCUCCCGCAAUGCAUAUUGAAUUUAUGUGGGCUCAAUUAUGGUAUGAGCCAGAAAACUGAAAAACAUUUGUUGGAAACCAGGCCCCCUCACAUUUUCUGGAAAUUCUUUUACUUGCUGGCAAUACUGGCUUCAUUGCGAUAUAACUUUACACAUUAGAGUGGGUACUUAUGUUUUGAUGGCAAAGCUUUGUAUAAUAAUGCAACAAAAGAAUGCUGCCUUAAGUGCUGUUAGAGUAGACUGAAGCCAUCUUGACAGGUGGAGCGCCAGUUGCCGGACACAUGUUGGAGAUGUCCUGCCAGUCCGAAUCCCCCAUUUUCUUACAUUCCCGUGCGUGAAGCCACAUUGCAGCACCACUUUUUCCCCUAGGCGAUUGUAGAAAAUUCUCUGCUUCCCUAUACCUCUGCCCCACAUGCCCUACCUUUUUAUUAUUGCUCUGCAAAGAGUACUCCCCACUUUUAUUGGCAACAUCAUUAAAUUUGCUAGGUGUACUAGGUGAGAAAGGUGCAGUUUGGUUCCAGUCACUUCAUCGUUGCUGUUAUCGAGCAGGCAGCUUCGGUGUGUGCCCUGAAUCCUUCUCUUCACCCACCUUCUUCCCCCAUCUAACCUUCAGCGCUGAAGAUUCGUCUACCUGAGAGGUAUCACUGUCGUGUAGGAGGUUCCCCAAGCAAAUGCUCUCUGUAAAGUCUCUUGCGUGCACAUUGCACCGGUGUUUUCCGUUUGAACACCCUUGCUCCUUCCUCUCUAUUUCUUGCACAUUAUUACAUGCCAGACUGUACGAGCUCUGCUUUGUACGGUCGUCAUGACCAAGCUGGUCUUCUUCCAUUUGGCAUUGCGAACGCAACUCGUGGUCAGUGCAGGAUUUUGUUUUCCUCUCUCUCUCUCUCAACAUCUGCAGCCACAUUUUCUAUCAAUGGCAAUUGAGUCCACAAAAGCACAGUGUUUGCUUGCUUGUGUCCAUGCAACUGGUGCAAGCCAUUGUUGUUGGCUCCAAGGUUGGUGGGGAAUGUUAAAGAGUGCGCCACUUUAUGUUGCUUAGCGAGUCAGUGACGACCUUCCAUUGGCCACAGCCUGUUGAGAGUAUGUGUCACUUCACGGGAAUGUCAUUAGAGCGCAUUAUUUUGACAAACAGUGAUGGUUACUGUGGCAACACUUAACAGUGUAAAAGGGUGCAACAUGUGCAAAGUGGCACUACGCAGGCAUUUGGGGUUGUGACACUGUAGAAAUAGAGCGGUUGCUGGACAUUUGUGUUCAGGAGCGUGAGCAGAAACAGACAGAGAAAAGCUGUAGAUAAGGUGCUAGCUGAAACUUUCUUUAUUUGGUGACAAUUUACUGACAAACAAGUGAUGAAAGAAAUUUCAAUCAGAUUUCUGCCUCUUCUUUGUUCUGUUUUUUUGCUCCUAGGUGUGAUAUCCAUCGCUAGCUAUAAUUAAAGGAGCUCUGUUAGAAGUGCUGAAACAGCAGUGACUCGAUCAGGUUCGUAAGGCAAUAAAGACCUUUUCCUUUUUAACUUUUAACAGAGGGGAAGCACAGUGCCUGCGCAGUGUCCCUUUCUAUGCAUAGAAUCCCUUUUGCUCAGCUAAAAUGCUGUUGUAAAUGUGUCAUCAUGGCAGUUAGUGUCCUUUCUGUAAUGUUGACUUUCACGCCACGUUCUGCCUCUUUUUGCAUUUUUUACAGUUGCCUAUGUCAUAACUUCGUUCUCACCCGUGUUAUCUGCGCUGAAGGCUAUGCUGCCAAAGUACUGCAUUUGAGAAAAUUUGAUGAUUGGAUGACGUUCUUCCUGUGUGAUAAUUUUUUUUCAUUGCCUCAACGUAAGGGGUAAAAAUUUCAAUGGCGUGCAUGAUGUUCGCAAGGUUAUGACUAAUCUAACUCAUCGCCAUAAAGCCUGACAUCUGUCGUCUGUGUAAUGGCAAACUUGCUUAAACAUUUGGAAGGCUCUUUGCCCCCUCCCCUUCCUCCCCCCCCCCCCUUUCUUUUAAUCCCCGGUUCCAGCCGGACGUAGCAGCACUGUGCGAUGGAAGAUACUUAGGCAACUGUUGAUGGCCUCGGAUUAGUGCAUUCUGUGAAUAAGUGAGAGUCCACACCGUCGCCUUCCAUGUUGGGAUUUCAGGUGUUGUGGUUUGAUUUUUGGCCAUAGGAUACGGAUGCUCUGAUCUCUUGUGUUGUGAUCAAGUCUUGCAGGUUUUGGGUUGGUGCGUGCUGGGAACUCCCGGGAAUGCUGUAAAUACUGAAGGUCAAAUAAAGUGCGCUUUUUUUUUUCUUUGAAA